AUGAGUUAUCGUUCGAGCAAUCAUCAAGUUUCAGAUAAUCAGUUAGGUCAGUCCCCUAAAAUCCCAAGGCCAACAUCCUCGGGCCAAGUUCUUGACCAUAUUGGACGAUCUGGUGCUAGACUGGAGGUAUCAUCGCAGCACGCGCACAGUCACAGUCAACCGCCACCUUAUUACCAACAUUUUCCGGGACAUUUUAAUCAACAAGGCUCUCCACAUUUCUACUAUGGAUCAUACCCCAUCUACAGUGCACCCACGCAAAAUAUUCCACAGCCAUACUAUGCCAAUUCUUAUUACGGUUUUUCUAAGGCUCGAUACCCUCAAGAUAAUCAUGGUGGUGUUUCAACACUUGAUUCUACGUCAUGUUUUCCACAAGACGUGAGCAAGCUACCAGGACCCACUGCGGGGACGAAUGGGAAAGAUCAGGGUGCCAGCACAUUCGACUGCCAAGGGGAUCUAGAACAUAAAGGUCAUGAAACGAAAAAAGAACCCGAGCUUAUACUUUCACAGGAAGAAGCGUCCCCAGUGGUAAUACCAGGAACCUCGAUCACGCUAGCAUCCGAGGAAGAUAUACGUAAAUGGAGAGAAGAAAGGCGCAGGAUGUGGCUUGUCAAAAUCUCCAAUAACAGAGAAAAACACAAGACUGAGCUGGGCAUUGAAGACAGUAAUACGAGCAAAGUGAAUGCAUUCCAUAAUGUUAGAAAGGAUAAACAGUUUAUUCAAAGCAUUCAAAACCAAGUUAAUAGAUACAACCCAAAUCCAAAUUUGAGCUUGAAAUUGAUCCAAAGGACCAUGGCUGAGCAGAAUUCAAACUUGCUGAAUUUCAUAGAGGAGCUGGGUGAUGCAAAGCUUCUGGAGUAUGAAUUAACGGAAGAAGAAAAAGAGAAACUCUUCGGGACUGGUAAUAAGCAAGGUAAGGCUGUUAAAUCAUAUCAUCAUAACGUCAACAAUCAUAUCAAUAACGGCAUUAAUAAACGUAACGCAUACUCUCGCGAUGGCUCUUCUCGUUAUGAGGGUAGUUUUAAAAGACAGCAAACUUCCAGACAUGAUACGUGA